GGAGAGUGUCGUAAAGUGGGAUGUUUUGGAGCGGGGAGGUCAUUGGAAAGUGAGCUUGUUCGGUGCGUUUUGGGGGGGACAGACUGCUGCUACCACAGGUGUCAGAUAUUCUGAUACCGAAGUAGCCUUAAUUUAUCCAGUGUAGUGUUUCAGAGGUAAUCACGGUUAAAAAUGUUGCGUUUAGUGUUGCGAGUGAGACCGUCUGCCAGGCUCAGCCAGCCUGGUGUCCUCUCGGGCCCUGCUGCCAGUCCUAGAUCUGGACCGGUUUCAUGCCAUAAUCUCAAACGAAACCACUCUAACGGCCCGGCCCGGAUCCGAAGCUUGUGUCACGGACGUCGCGUGUGCAACAGCAUCCUCAGUAACAGGUCAUGGGGUUUGCAAAGCCAAACGGCCAGUUUCAGUCAAAGCCUGCGGGUGUACAGUCUGCCACCCCAUCAGAAGGUGGAGCUACCUGCUUUGUCCCCCACAAUGCAGAUGGGCACCAUUGCACGUUGGGAGAAGAAGGAAGGUGACAAAAUCAAUGAGGGAGAUCUGAUUGCUGAGGUUGAAACAGACAAGGCUACUGUUGGAUUUGAAAUACUGGAGGAGUGCUACUUAGCCAAGAUCUUGGUUGCCGAGGGUACAAGAGAUGUGCCCAUUGGAGCUGUCAUCUGUAUUACCGUUGACAACCCUGACCUCAUCCCUGCGUUUAAGGACUUUGCAGUGGAUAAAAUUGCUAGCACCGCCCCUACAGCUGCCCCUCCCCCUCCAGCUGCACCCCCUGCAGCUUCUGCACUGCCACAAGCACCUGGCAGCUCCUACCCACCUCAUAUGAAGGUUCUUCUCCCAGCUCUCUCACCAACAAUGACGAUGGGCACCGUGCAGCGCUGGGAGAAGAAGGUGGGUGAGAAGCUGAGUGAAGGAGACCUGCUGGCUGAAAUCGAGACAGAUAAGGCAACCAUCGGUUUUGAGGUACAGGAGGAGGGCUACCUGGCCAAGAUCAUGAUUGCUGAAGGAACCAGAGAUGUUCCUCUUGGCACUCCUCUCUGCAUCAUUGUGGAAAAGGAAUCUGACAUUAGCGCGUUUGCUGACUAUGUAGAGACAGGGGUUGCCGCAAGCCCGCCACCUGCCCCCACACCGGUGGUCGCCCCUUUGCCAGCAGCAGCACCAGCAGCUCCCACCCCAGCACCUGCUCCAGCUCCCCCUGCUGCGCCCAGGAAGGGAAGGGUGUUUGCCAGCCCUCUAGCCAAGAAACUGGCUGCUGAGAAGGGCAUUGACAUUGCCCAAGUCACAGGAUCUGGACCAGAUGGCAGAGUCACCAGGAAAGACAUUGACAGUUUCGUUCCACCUAAGCCCACUCUUGUACCAGCUGCUGCACCUGCCCCUGCUGCACUCACACCCAGCGCUCCAGCCGCCCCAGCUGUUGCUGCCGUCCCUACAGGAACCUUCACCGACAUCCCCAUCAGCAAUAUCCGCAGGGUGAUCGCCCAGAGAUUGAUGCAGUCAAAACAGACUAUUCCCCACUAUUACUUGUCUGUGGAUGUCAACAUGGACCAAGUUCUUGAACUCAGGAAAGAACUCAAUGCUGAGGUGAAAGCAGAUAACAUCAAACUGUCGGUCAAUGACUUCAUCAUCAAGGCCUCGGCUCUAGCCUGUUUAAAGGUGCCAGAGGCCAACUCCUCCUGGAUGGACACCGUCAUCAGACAAAAUCAUGUGGUGGAUGUUAGUGUUGCAGUCAGUACGCCUGUGGGUCUGAUCACUCCCAUUGUAUUUAAUGCCCACAUUAAGGGCUUAGCAUCUAUCAGCAAAGAUGUGGGCACAUUGGCUGCUAAAGCACGAGAGGGCAAACUUCAACCACACGAAUUCCAGGGUGGCACCUUCACUAUUUCCAAUUUGGGCAUGUAUGGCAUCAAGAAUUUCUCAGCUAUCAUUAACCCUCCUCAAGCCUGCAUUCUGGCUGUGGGAGGUUCAGAAAAGAGAUUGCUGCCUGCAGACAACGAAAGAGGGUCUGACGUGGCUAGCAUGAUGUCGGUGACUCUCAGCUGUGAUCAUCGAGUGGUAGAUGGUGCUGUUGGUGCACAGUGGCUGGCUGAGUUCCGCAAGUUCCUGGAGAAACCGUUCACCAUGCUCCUGUGAGCAGGGUGCUUACACGGCCCCUGGCCCAACAACAGUGGACUUUAAGAUUUGGAGAGGUCUCUCAUAUCCUCUCACUGGGAAUUAUAACAUGGGAAAUGUUCUUCUCUUUUUAUUUUCCUUCUCGCAGACACACGCUUCCAUAUGCAGUUCUUUUACAAAAUUGCUUCUUAAAGCAUAAUAUAACCUUUCAACCCAAAGUUGCAAGUCAUUGUUUAGGUCACUGUGGAGUUUCAGAUGAUAGUGCUGGAUGAGGGUUUCCAUUUUCCUUCAGGACAUUGCUACUAGCACCACAAGUCUGUGUAUGCCUUUUAGAUCAAGUGAUAAUAUGUGUCCAUGACCAAGACUUAUGCUCUGUUCCUGCAAGCGUUGACUUGUCAUUAUUUAAUGAAACAUUCUUUGGCACGAUAUGAGGACGCUUUGUAUAUAAGAAAAGAAAGUGGUAUCUUGUUGAAAUCUGGAGAUGUGUGUGCCAAAAUAUAUGAUUACAAUUAGAAUUUGUCACAUUUUCUUAGUGCAAAUGUUUAUUUUCUGUAUUUUUACAUAGCAGAUUUGAAAGUCACACGUGUCACUCUCUGGGUUAUUUAUACAGGAUGGAUUCUCCACUGAGCCUUUGUGAUGGUCCUACAAAGGGUCUUAACAUAGGAGCAAGGUUAUGAUAUUGGCAGUUUUAUUUAUUAUAUCUCUUACUCCAGAGGAAGCACGGAAGUGCCUUUGCUGCUGUUUAUAUCAAAUAGUUGUUUUCUUUUUAAACAGUGGCAGUAAUUUCAACUCAUUCUUUUAUGAAUAAUGCCCAAAUCAUGUGGUGACCUGUAGUUAUAAAUAAACUUAUGGACAAACAAAAGAAAAUAUCCCAAAAUGAAAUAAAGCUCUAGACUGAAUAUACAAAUUUAUGUCUUUGAGAGAAGAACAUAAGUCAGGCGGUUGUUACACGCAGUCAAGUGUCUGUGUGUUGAUGAGUGUGGAACUUUAAAGUUUUUUUUUUUUUUAGUUUUUUCUUAAAGAAAUAUGACCAACAUUAUAUCAUUAUUUAGUUUGACAAAGAUGAAAGGGAAUAAACAAAAUGGAAACUCAAACUAAAAUAUGUUGCCCAUUUUCUGUUUUAACAUCCUACCUCAAAUAGGGUGCAGUGAAUGAGUGUAUUUGUUUAUAGUAUGGUCUGACAUGUCUCAACAUGAGUAUCCAAUACUCAUUUACAUUUCAGUUAAUGUAAGAGACUUGAUGUAAGUUGCUUGAUGUGAUGGAAAGGAUAUAUCAUAAAACAAGUCUCAUUUAUUUUUUUUUAUGGUGCACUGCAAACUGUUACUUCCACAAUGCAAAAUAGUUAUGUUGAAUGUCUUCAUUAAAUGGUAUACACAAUUGUUGACAAGUCCCUUAGUGAAUGCAUUGAUAUAUGUAAAGCUGGUUGGGUUGGGCAGCUUGGCAUAAAAUUGAAGACUGAAACAACAACUUUAGAUUUAAAGAUGCCGCCUAUACUGUGCAAGAAUAUCAUGAGGAAUUGUAAUGUGGUGCGAUCACUAAAUAUGAGCAUCUAGAGAGUAACCGAGAUCGCAAUCUUCAUUGCACCUUUGACCAAAACCGGGACCCACAUCUGGUUCACUUUAGGCAUGCUAUGCUUGUUUUAACCAAACACAGUCAGCAAAAUAUCACUUAGAAUCUCUAACAUCCACUAUCCAUCCAUCUGGUUAUAAGGCAGUAUCAUACUUAUUGCUAAACAUCAGUUAUGAUGUCUUCUUGGGAUUCUGUAAUAUUUCAACUUGGAUUUUUUUAAACUACAUUUGACUAAUUAAUCCACAACAUUAGGCAGAUAUCGCACCUCUAACAAAUCAUAUUUUCCCACCUCAGGCAUCAAAGCCCUUUUGUUGUUUUCUCUCUUUUUUUCUUUUUUUUCCUGAUUUGAGUAAUUUUUAUUUUCAACCCUGUCAUGGACAUAAUGGAAGUGGUUUGAAAAUGAUUUCACACAAUACUGGUUAUCAAAUAAACAUCUAUCUACUGCUUAUGUGUCCCUCAUACCAGUUUAAUGACUACAAAUGCAACAUUUAUGACAGUCUUCUCAUUUUUAUGUAAUGUAGCUACAGUGAGUCUGUUGUCUCAUUAUUUCUUGUUAAAAAUGUUUUAAAUUCAGAUUUUUAUGUAAAACCCCACCUUUUGGUACUAGCUCUUAACAUGUCAGUCUGUGCUCAGUAAACAAUGCAUUGAUUUUUAA